AUGGCGGUCUUGAGGGUGAAGUUCACCAAGACCAAGAGGGACAAGUUGGCCCAGGUGCUGUGGAUCCUCAACUGGAUCUCAGUGGUGACAGGGGCCAUCCUGUUCAGCCUGGGCCUCUUCCUCAAGGUUGAGAUCAACAAGCGAGGAGAGCUUAUGGCUGAGAGGGACAUCCAGUAUGUGCCCAAUAUGCUCAUAGCCGUGGGCCUCAUCGCCUGUGCCAUCAACUUCCUGGGUGGGAAGAUCUGUUACGACUGUGUGGACACCACCAAGUUCUUGCGCUGGAAGCUGAUCAUGCUGCCCUACAUUAUAUGCACCUUCUUCUUCACCUUCUGUGUGCUGGUGGGGGCUCUGAUGUGUUACAGCAUGCGUGGGGAGCUGGAGGAGUCUCUGAACCUGGGGCUGACAGAGGCCAUGAGGUUCUACAAGGACACGGACACACCAGGACGAUGUUUCCUGAAGCGCACUCUGGACAUGCUGCAGAUAGACUUCCAGUGCUGUGGCAACAACGGCUAUAAAGACUGGUUCCAAAUCCAGUGGAUCAGCAACCGUUACCUGGACAUGUCUCAAAAAGAGGUGGUGGAUCGCUUAAGGAGUAACGUGGAGGGGAAGUACCUGAUGGAUGGAGUCCCCUUCAGCUGCUGCAACGUCAACUCCCCCCGGCCCUGCAUCCAGCAACAGAUCACCAAUAACACAGCCCACUUCAACUACGAGCACCAGACGGAGGAGCUGAACCUGUGGAUGAAAGGGUGUCGGCAGGCGCUGCUGGAGCACUACAACUACAUCAUGCAGUCCAUCGGCCUCGCGGUCCUCAUCACCUGGCUGUUUGAGCUGUCAGUGUUGACAGGAGUCCGUUACCUCCAAACCUCCCUGGAAAACGUGCUGAGGCAGGGAGAUCCUAACUCCGAGUCCGACGGCUGGCUGCUGGAAAACAGCUUCAUGGAAACAGCCCGCACCAACCUGAACAUCAUCAAGAGCCUCGGCAAGAGCAAUCAGAUAGACACAGCCAACAAUGGGGACCCCAACAUUGAUGUCCCCUCCACCUCCAAAGCACACUAUGGGCCAGACAACGUGCCACCGAAGCAGAUACCUGAAGCCAGUUGACCUUUUCUCCAAUAAAAAAAAGCCCUCAGUGAACAGCAUCGCUGAAGGCCAGACUUCUUACAGAGUCAAGAAUUACAGCUGAGAACUACCUGUGCAAAGGUGUUUGUGUGUGUGGAAGAUGAAAUACAGUGUGGGAAAUAUCACACAAUACAUGAUCCACUGACAAUGCCUGUGUUUUUCAACCAUAAACCACCAUCAAAUAAAUGUACACAUUUUACAAUACAUCUGUACACAACCGUACUAUAGUCUGUUGUUUACAAAUGACGUUGUUGCCUGUGUGUUGUGGUUUUGCAACACGUACUAAAAAGCUUUAUACACCUGUUGGUUGCAAGACUUGAAUCAAAAUGAAGAUGACUAAGUAGUGAUGAAGGUCCAAAAUGGUACAUAUUAGUUUUUGUUUUGUUUUUUUUUUAUUUGUUGCCUGAUUUCACUUGAACAUGUAAGAAAUUACAGUCAAGAAUUUAUAGUUAUCAAUUUUUUGUGUUUAGUUAAAUUUCACACAUAAAGCAUUGAGUGAUUGCGCCUCAGAUUAAAUAGGCCUUGUAGAACCUGGAAGAGCAUGAUGAUGAAUUUUACAUUAGUUAUGUUUAUUAUACACUAAUAGUAUCAUUUUUCGAUUCCUUUCUGUGCAUUUCCAUCUGCAAAUGUAAUUCACAUUCUUUAUAGCAAUCGUAAUUGCACCAAGGGUAGUAAACAAUCUAAUAAGUAUAUUAUGUUCUCGCUUUCACAUUAGUUAAAAACACUUAACCAAACAGAAAUCUACAAGUAAUUUAUAACAGAUAAAGUUCCUAGAAGGUUCAAGCCGUCACUACAAUGAAUCUGAUGUGCCUCAGCAGUGCCACCAUGAUCUAAUUGUCAAAUGAAAACACUUUUCGCUGGGAUGAGCUACCAAAAGCUUGAAAAUAAACCUUUUGAGCUGGCUUUGGAAUGACUUCACUGUCUGUCAUUGUCUUAUGAGGAUUUCAGACCAGUUCAUUGCAGACUGGGCUUCUUUGUGUGUCUUUAUUGGCUGGUGGCAGAGAGACGUUGCUGAGGUGAAGCAUGUGAGUUAGUAAUGCUGCAGUUCUGUCUAUAAGAUGUUAACGUGUUAAUCAUCUGGGGAUCCCACAUGAUAUACAAAACAAUAUUAAUGAUGAAGAAUUUCUCAUUCAUUUAUUCUGUAUGCGAGCAAGACAAGAGGGAAUUCAAUGUCAAACAUCCUGCGUUGGGGUUCCUCCUUUUAUACUGGUUUGCAGCCAUUUACAUUUUAGAUAAUAGAAAUUAUAACAUCAUUGCACUCUGAUCGAUUCAGGGCACAGGAACAGUCCAUCUAUAGAUAGGCUAGUGUCUUUAUUUCCACAGCCUGGAAGUCUCAUGAAAUACAGUCAAACAACACAAAAAGGAAAAAAGGAUAUAUUCACACAACUUUUCCUGAAUAGGAAGAGAUAUAACGAAUGAACCUACUGAAAUGAUACCAUACUAGAUUGCUUUCAAUAAAAUGUACAUUUCUCUCUUAAAUAGAAUAUUGCAAUAGGUUUUUUUUUAGGUUUUUUUUUUUUUUUUUUUUUUUUACUUAUUUUGGUUUUUAAGUAAAUAAAAACCACAUGGAGAAAUGUGACCAAUAAUCUGUUUGACAGUGAUCCCUUCAAUAGGUUUCAACUAUUACAAACAUCAUACAGUAAAUAUGUGAUCAUUAUAAUCAGUUUGGCUUAGGGUUUUCGUAAAAUGGUGUCCUAUAAUAUUAUAGUAUACUGGAAAUAUUUUCAUACAAUUCACUCCCUGAUUCUUAAGGUUAGUGAGAUCGUUUUUGACGAAUUAAUAUUUCAAUCAAAAUGAUUGAAUAUGCCAUUCACAAAGCUUUAACAUCUGCUUAUCAAUAAAUGUAUCCAUAUCAGGAAAUCAUGAAAGUAGGUAACUGCAUACUUCUAAGAGCAUUGAAUCCGUUUAAACAAAACUUUGAAAAUAAUGUAUAUUCUAUAAAGGUUUUAUCCAUAAUAUAUGUCUAUAUGAGUAAAGGUGACAGUAGGUUAUGGCGGACCAUCCACAUAAUUGAUGGGCAAAAACCAAAAUGUGUGGGAAGACUGAACAAGCCUACACAUUUCCAAAUGAAUGUACCCUCCAAAAGAGCAUAAUUCAAUAUUAUAACUUAUAACAGACCUUUUGUAACAGAAGAGAAUGCAAAAAAUUCACAGCAUUACUCAGGAGAAAAAUCAAAUACAUAAACUGAUAACAGAUGUUUGUCUUUAUUUGAAUGAGUCUCUUUGCAAAUAACAUUACUCAAGGAGAAACUCAUUCUCACGGCAGACAAUCAAAUUAAAACAAGGCGACUUGGGUUUCCACAUUAUCCAUCACCCUCCAUUACUCAUCCUCCUCUUUCUCUUGUGACUGUCCCACCUCUCUGGACUCCAGCAGGGGUUUUAUCAGGGAGAGAUUGGCUGCUCAGUCCUCCUUUGAUUGUAGGAGGGUUGUUUGUUUGCGCGCGUGCGUGCGUGUGUGUGUGCGUGUGUGUGUGUGUGUGUGUGUGUGUGUGUGUGUGUCUGUGUCUGUGU